AUUCAUUGUUACUACUACUUGGAAGUUUCUUCAAAAUGACACACCCUGCACCCACACAGAUAGCGACCAGAGACCUUUUCAGACUUGAUGGACGAACCAUCCUAGUCUCAGGAGGUGCAGGGGCUGUCGGUACAAUCGUUGGGAAAGCGAUCCUAGAAAGUGGUGGCGAUGUAGUCUUCCUCGAUCUGAUGCCACAAAUGCCCGAGGACAAAUGGCGCGAUGUUCUGGCAUCGACGGAGGUCUCUAAUGCAGAAGCUCGAUACCAACAACUCAACGUCCAAGACGAAGCAACUAUCAUGGCCGCCAUGGAUCAGAUUCGUACGGGAUUGCGCCGCCCAAUUCGAGGGCUCGUCACUUGCGCCGCUAUCUCAGGAGAAAGUGAUGCAUGCGACUAUUCAGUCUCCACCUUUCGUCAGAUCCUCGACGUUAACAUGACUGGCACCUUCCUGAUCACGCGCACAGUAGCGAACGAAAUGCAUCGCGCCAAUGUAACAGGAAGCAUUGUCCUUAUCGCCAGCAUAAGCGGCCACGUAAGCAAUCGCGGGAUCAACAGUUCAGCAUACAACGCUUCGAAAGCUGCAGUGCACCAGCUGGCUCGGUCGUUCGCGGCUGAGUGGGGACAUCCGCAGAACACGUUUCCGGGCAGCACUAAGACAGAGACGAAUCCUCACCCAAGUACUGAGCCAAGACGGGUAUAUCCGCCUAUCAGAGUCAAUACACUGAGCCCCGGGCACAUCGAUACGCCGUUGAGUGAGGCCGCGAGGGUGAGAGGUUUGACUGAUGAGUGGGCGAAUCAGAACAUGUUGGGAAGGAUCAGUCAGCCUGAGGAGUAUCGGGCACCGGUAUUGUUCUUGUUAAGCGAAGGCAGUAGCUACAUGACUGGCGCAGAUCUUCGAGUUGAUGGAGGACAUUGUGCAUGGUGAUCAAGUCACGCAAACAUGUAUUUGUUGGUGAUUCUCGAGGCUUAUCGGUCUUCGCUAUUAAUCUUGAACUCAAUCAAUCCGACCAAAUUGCAAAGGGUGUCGACGCAGUAUCUAUUUGCGGGGCGACGCAAGGUUCGACAGGGUGUAGUUAAUCUGGGGGUUACACGUGCCUUGAGAACUAAUGUUUCACGUGCACUUGGCACGAUCUGCACUUGAAUCGGUAGUGCUAGGCGUGAAGAUGAACGUUCGGUCAUUCAAGG